GCGCCAACUCUCGAGUGGGUACGUUGUCGUUGUCUCUGUCGUCGUCGUCGCCGCAUCAAGUUGUCUCGCUAUCGAGCAUCCACGAGUAGCGCGGUCCUUCCGCGUGUAUCCCGAGUGGGCCAAGAUCAGAAGCACGCGGCAAGCGUAUUACGACUGUGCGCGCGUGGGCCGCGGUUGACGCGCGGAGCAGACGACGGGAGUCGGGAUAACGAGAUAACAUUUCGUCGGGACGGGAAGACGCGUGACUCGGUCGUCCUCGAGGUCUCGGAAUAUAUAGAAUCCGGGGGACCAUCGAGCAAGUACUUGGAACAGUGUCAAAAAUCGCGACGCCGCGCGCCUCCGAGGGGACGAGGGGCCCGUUGGUUUGUCCAUGACGGUGACGGUGUGACACGCGGGACGGUUGGUAUCUACUCGCCGAGAAAAAGCACUCACCUCGUCUCCCGCCGGCUCGUCUCGGACGACGUAGUACGCACUACGACGGCCGAAGGGGAGGGAGUCGGAGUAGCCGAAGGCAGCGGCUAGCGAAGGCGCGACGCGCAGAUCGGCGAUUUUCUACGCACAAACGGCGGACGGACAUUGACGUGGUGGACAGGUGGUGGUCGCGGCGCCAAGUCGCGAAGGGAUUCCCCGUCUGUGAUGUGCGAGUGAGCGAUGGAGUCACCAGUCAUGUACGAUUCGGCGGCCCACCAGGCUCAGGCCCAGGGCACGGCUGAGCUGAAGAAGGCCCAGGUGCUCAACAACAACACCAGCAACCAGAACAACAACGCCGUGACGAACAACAAUUCCGCGCUGCAGAUCAACCACAAUCACAAUCAUCAGCAGCAGCAGCAGCAGCAGCAGCAGCAGCAGCAGCAGAACAGCGCGGUGGUGAAGCAGGUCUCCGGCAGCAAGGCGAGCUUGCACCAGCAGUACGCCGAGCAUUGCGCCGCCGCCGGCGAGCUGACCGAUCUCAAUGCCCCGGAGAUCUCGCUGGAUCUCCAGAACCUGAUCGACGACAACCAGUUCGGCGACGGUCUGCUGGACAUGCUCGGCACCAACAACGCCAUCAAGCACGUCAGGACGGGCGGUUAUCCGCGCACGACGCUCGCCUACAUGCCGCAGCCGGUGCACAGCGGCGCGACCUACCAUCAGAGCAGCAACAGCUGCAGCGACAGCAACAGCUCGAGCUCGGAGUCGCCCAGCAUCAAGGAGGAGCCGCUGGACCCGGCGGACUACAGACGCCACUGCCCCCAGUAUCCGCCCGCCGGCUACAGCCCGGUGACGAACAACCCGUUCGCCAACGGCGGCCAGACCUUCACCACCUUGACGCCGUCCACGAUAUCGGCCGGCCACCCGGGCGCGCCGGUCCACCAGCAGCCGCCGCGGGGCGGCCCGAUCAAGGGCCCGGUGAUGGCCCAUCAGCAUCACACCGCCGCGAACGUCGCCAGGAAGCAGACCAAGUCCAUCGACAAGGCGAGCGACGAGUACAGGCGGCGGCGGGAGAGGAAUAACAUCGCCGUGAGGAAGAGCCGCGAGAAGGCGAAGGUGCGAUCGCGCGAGACCGAGGAGAAGGUCAAGCUGCUGGUGAAAGACAACGAUCUACUCAAGAAGCGGAUCGAGCUGCUCAACGAGGAGCUCAACGUCCUCAGGUCGCUCUUCAGCAGCGUCGGCGUCGUGCCCGAGCAGCUCCACCGCGAGAUCUCCAGGCACCUCGACCAGUUCCAGCAGCACGCGGUCGGGCCCAUGUAGCAGCGACCGCAGCAGUGCACAGACAUUGCCGCGCAAUUCGAGAUGACACCGUCGACUUUCGACGUUGACUCGUGUCCCCGGGCUAUCAAGUCGCUCCGAUUGUGAGACCAAGUUAGUCGCGUCUUCCGCAUCCUCCCGCGUACCUCCUCCCCCCCCGCGACGUUGCGCGCAUCACCGUAGGAGAGGUCGUCUUUCGUCCUCCCUGUCUCCUCCCUCCCGCUCUUGCUCGUUUUCCUCCUUACUACGUCGUCCUUUGUAUCUCACUCGGCUCGGAGCGCGCGACGCGAGCGCACGUGCGUGCGUGCGUGCGUGCGUGCGUCGUCGCGCAAAGAGCCGCGAAGGCGCGAGCGUGGGAGGGAGGAAGAGGGAGUCAACGAGUCGCGUAGGAGGGCGAGCGAGAGGCGCGAGCUUGCGUCGCCUGGAGCAACGCGGUCGGCGUCGUUCACGUAAGAACAUUUCGUUGAACGAGAAGUGCUUAUGCCCGCGGGACGAGCGGCUCUUCGCUCCAGACUGUGCCGCUUGGACACUUGAGAAAUGAAUGAAGCGAAAGGGAGGCGAACAUCGAUGAAUGAACAUGAUAGAUCGUGCAGAAUCAAUCGCGUGACCCGCGAGCCGAGCCGGCGCGCUGCGAUUUUCCGAAAUGACGCCGGGAAUCGACGAAGCACGCGAGAAAGACGGGUCCGAUCCUUUUCUCUCUCAUUUACCGUACUUUGUCAUUCGCGUUACUGCCUUUUAGCACCUUACUUCCUUAGUACCGUCGUUCUUUCAGUCAGCACUCGCGGUUUAAGACUCGGACGUUCCGUCGAUUUCUCCGAAAGCCGUCGCGCCCCUGUCGGUGGCGCGCGAAAAAUCGCAACGCGAGGGGCCCCGAGUGCCCCGACAUCUCGAACAAAUCGUGCCUCGACGGUGAUUCACGCGAGGGAACUCUCACUUUUAGCUGUAUACUAUAUUUCGUACUACACAUAAACAAAAAAACACGCCUAACACACGUCCAACGCGAAAGACACGUAUACACGGCGCUGUAUUUAGAUUCGGUUCUUAGAUAACGUUAAAUUAAUGAGAAAGAAACCCUAGGUUAUCACUGUCCGAUUACCGAGUACCUAAAAAAGAAAGAAAGUCACAUCGAGACACGGCGAUCCGAUCGACGUGGCUCGCAUCAACCGAGGUGUCCAUCUUCUCUCGAUACGUAUUCGCUACCGUGCUUCGUCGUAUUCGACGAAGUCACGGCGAAGCAACACCGCCGAGCACUUUACCCACGCUCUUGUAUUAUAGUUCUAAUUAAUUUUAUUAUUAUAUUUGAGAUGUAUGUACAUAAAAAGCUAAUAUAUUUUGUUAGAAGAGAAGCAGAGAGAAAGAGAGAGAGAGAGUAUGUGAGAGAGAAACGGCCGGGAAGACUGGAGAACCGAGUGGGAUUGUAUGUACGCACACGCACACGUGACACGUGACAUCGCGUGCGCGAAUGCGUCGGGAGAGACGAACUGUUGUAAUUGCAUAUUUUAUUUUAUUAGCGGCGAGAGUGAAACCGACAAGAGAGAGAGAGAGCGAGCGAGAGAGAGAGAAAGAAAGAGACAGGCGGAAGAGUCAGAGAAUCGUACGUGUGAAUGGUGUGUGCAGUCGCAUGAAGCAGGUUUCAUCUUCGCGAUGUCAAGCUUGCACGCAAGUCCGAUGCCAGCGACAACAAACAGCGGUCGGGCCGGUCCGCGCAGUGCGCAUCGUUACUUUGCGAGCGAUUUAAUUAUUUGCGCAGCGCAAGACGUACCGCCGCAUGCGACUGGUGUGAAUGCGAGAGAGAAAGAGAGGGAGAGGAAGGGCGAGAGAGAGAGAGAGAAAGAGAGAUAGGUGUAACGCACGCGUGCCUUUGGUUGUAUGAUUGACGCAUGACGUUAGGGUACGAAAUUACCUGUCACGGUUGUCUUCUUGUCUAUGCACAAAUAUAUUUUGAUAUGAAACGUACAUA